ACAACAUUGGUGUGACUGUUCACCUCUAACAGCACUCUAGAGUGAAAUGAGGAGAGAGAGAAGGAGGGUUGUUCAGAAGCAGAGCCAAACUACUAUUCCAAAUUAACUCAACGUGCUCCGCUAACGUGUCUCUGUAUGUGCGAGAACAAAAUAAGUUGAAAGUGACGGAGCCGACCUGUUAACGCCGGGAAAGAGUCAUUCGUUCGUUGUGCCCCUUGGACAUGGAGCGCUUAUGCGGACCAGAGCUCCCGUUCUGGGUAGCCAAUCAGACGCUCCACACAGACAGCCCAGACCUUCCGGAGUGUUUCCAGCUGUCAGUGCUGUCAUGGCUACCUUGUGUUUAUCUGUGGCUGGCUUGCCCCCCCUACAUCUUCUACGUCCAGAGGAACAACAUGGGUUACAUCAUGAUGUCCGUCCUCAACAGAGUCAAAACGGUAUUUGCGUUGCUGUUGUGGAUCGUGUGUUGGGCAGAUCUCUUCGGCACCUUCCAUGAGCUGCAUCAGGGGGACACACGGCCGCCCAUCUACUUCGUUACCCCGCUGGUGGUCGGCAUCACCAUGUUGCUAGCUACGUUUCUGAUCCAGUUUGAGAGGUUGAGAGGGGUCCAGUCUUCAGGGAUUCUCUUUAUAUUCUGGUUCCUGUCGGUACUGUGUGCCAUCGUGCCUUUCCGCUCCAAGAUCCUACAGGCCAAGAGUGAGAUUCCAGACAAGCUGCGUUUCAUUACCUUCUAUCUCUACUUCAGUCUGGUUGUAUCACAGCUGAUCCUCUGUUGCUUCAAUGAGAAACCUCCCCUUUUCUCCAAUGUCGACACAGACCCCAAUCCUUGUCCUCAAUCGACUGCUGGCUUCCUCUCCACAAUGACCUUCUGGUGGUUCACUAGCAUGGCUAUCAAAGGCUAUAAGAACCCUCUGGAAGCCAAAGACCUGUGGUCACUGAACAAGAGGGACAGCUCAGAGGAGGUUGUCCCCAAGCUGCUGAAAGAGUGGGACCUGGAGCAGAUCAAGGCUCACAGUGCUGAGAUCCGGUCCACCCAGGCUCUGUACUCCAAGCCUCCGCCAGCGGGAGAGUCCAACCACGUAGGGGGGGAGAACAGUCCUGAGGAGGUGGAGGUGUUGCUGUCCAAAAAGAGAACCCCCAAGAAGCCCUCCUUCCUCCGCUCCCUCAUCAAGGCUUUUGGACCCUACUUCCUCAUCGGAUCUGCCUUUAAACUCCUACAGGACCUCAUCACCUUCGUCAACCCACAGCUCCUCAGUUUAUUGAUCUCGUUCACGAAGCAGAAGGAAGCUCCCACCUGGUGGGGUUAUGCCCUGGCAUUCCUCAUGUUCUUCACAGCCUUCCUCCAGACCCUCAUCCUGCACCAACACUUCCAGUACUGCUUCGUCACCGGGAUGAGGCUCCGCACCGCCAUUAUAGGAGCUAUCUACAGGAAGUCUCUGAUCAUCACGAACGCGGCCAAGCGUACAUCUACAGUGGGAGAGAUAGUCAACCUGAUGUCAGUGGACGCUCAGCGCUUCAUGGAUCUCACCACCUUUCUCAACAUGCUGUGGUCCGCCCCACUUCAGAUCAUACUGGCGCUAUACUUCCUGUGGCAGAAUCUGGGUCCGUCAGUGCUGGCUGGUGUUGCUGUGAUGAUCCUCCUGAUUCCUUUAAAUGCUGCCAUCGCUGUGAGGACACGAGCCUACCAGGUGGAGCAGAUGCAUUACAAGGACGCUCGCAUCAAACUGAUGAACGAGAUUCUGAACGGGAUCAAAGUGUUGAAGCUGUAUGCCUGGGAGAACUCCUUUAAAGAGAAGGUUCUGGAGAUCAGACAGAAAGAGCUCAAUGUGCUCCGCAAGACGGCCUACCUCGGUGCUCUGUCUACCAUGGCCUGGACCAGCGCACCAUUCCUAGUUGCCUUGAUGACGUUUGCAGUGUACGUGACAGUGGAUAAAAAUAACAUUUUAGAUGCGGAGAAAGCCUUUGUGUCUUUGUCUCUGUUUAACAUCUUACGGUUCCCUCUCAAUAUGCUGCCCCAAGUCAUCAGUAGCGUUGUACAGGCCAGCGUGUCUCUGAAGCGUAUCCAGGACUUCCUGAGUCAUGAAGAGCUGGACCCAGAGUCUGUGGACAGGAAUAACACAGAUAGCUCAGUGACUGUUGUCAAUGGGAAGUUCACCUGGGCAAAACAAGAUCCUCCUGCUCUGCACAAUAUAAACCUGAUGGUGCCGCAGAGCUCUCUGCUAGCGGUGGUUGGACAUGUAGGAUGUGGGAAGUCUUCCCUGGUGUCAGCUCUACUGGGAGAGAUGGAGAAACUGGAGGGACAAAUCUCCAUACGGGGUUCGGUGGCCUACGUCCCCCAGCAGGCCUGGAUCCAGAACGCCACUCUGAGAGACAACAUCCUAUUUGGCAAGGCCUACAACGAGCAGAAGUACCGCUCUUGUCUGGAGGCUUGCGCCCUGACCCCUGACCUGGAAGUACUACCUGGAGGAGACCUGACCGAGAUUGGAGAGAAGGGUAUCAACCUGUCUGGUGGCCAGAGACAGAGGGUGAGUCUGGCCAGAGCUCUGUACAACGAGGCAGAUGUCUACCUGCUGGAUGACCCUCUGUCUGCCGUGGACUCCCAUGUGGCCAAACACAUCUUCGACCACGUCAUUGGCCCAGAGGGGGCGCUGCAGGGCAAGACACGUAUCUUGGUGACACACGGCAUCAGCUUCCUGCCGCAGGUGGACAACAUAAUGGUGAUGGUGGAGGGCAGAGUGUCGGAGAUGGGUUCAUACCAGGAGCUGCUCCAACAGAACGGAGCUUUCGCUGAGUUCCUCAGAAACUACUCCCUGGAGGACAUCAUAGAGGACGAGGCAACAGUGGAUUUGAUUGAUGAAGAAGAGGACUUCCCUGAUGAUGUCCUUAGCAACCAUACAGACAUGGUGGACAGUGAACCAGUGGUCGAGGCAAAGAGGAAGUUCAUAAGGCAGAUCAGCGUCAUCUCAGGGGACCUGGAGAACCCAAGGAGCAAAUCUGUCCGGAGACGUUUGUGCAGUGAGAGGAAGCACGCUGAGCCUGACCCAGAGAAGAAACUACCCAAGGUGGAGAAACUUAUCCAGGCAGAGACCACUGAGACAGGCAGAGUGAAGAGCAAGGUGUUCUGGGAGUACGCCAAGGCAGUAGGGCCUCUGCUGACCCUCUUCAUCUGUUUCCUGUACGGCUGUCAGAGCGCCGCUGCCAUCGGAGCCAACGUCUGGCUGAGUCAGUGGACCAAUGACGCGGCUCAGAACAUGACUCAGGAGAAUGUCAGCAUGAGGGUGGGGGUGUAUGCUGCCCUGGGCAUAACCCAAGGCAUCCUGGUCAUGGUCUCCUCCUUCACCCUGGCCAUGGGGAACAUCGGAGCAGCCAGGAAGCUCCACUAUGCCCUCCUGGACAACAAGUUUCACACCCCUCAGUCUUUCUUUGACACCACCCCCAUAGGCAGGGUCAUCAACCGCUUCUCUAAGGACAUCUACGUCAUCGACGAGGCACUGCCCUCCACCGUUCUCAUGUUCCUCGGGACCUUCUUCUCCUCUCUCUCCACCAUGAUAGUCAUAGUGGCCAGCACCCCCAUCUUUGCCGUGGUCAUAGCUCCCCUGACUUUCAUAUACGUCUUCGUCCAGAGAUUUUAUGUGGCCACAUCUCGGCAGUUAAAGCGUCUGGAGUCGGUCACCAGAUCUCCCAUAUACUCCCAUUUCUCUGAGACCGUCACCGGCUCUAGUGUCAUCAGAGCCUACGGCAGACGCGAUGCCUUUGUUCUAAUGAGUGACGUUAAGGUGGAUGACAAUCAAAAGAGUUACUACCCUGGUAUAGUGGCCAACAGGUGGUUAGGGGUGCGUAUAGAGUUCAUUGGGAACUGCAUCGUGCUGUUCGCUGCUCUGUUUGCUGUGAUCGGGAAGGACAAUCUCAACCCUGGACUGGUGGGACUCUCUGUGUCCUACGCUCUACUGGUGACCAUGUCACUGAACUGGAUGGUGAGGAUGACGUCAGAUCUGGAGAGCAACAUCGUAGCCGUGGAGAGAGUCAAGGAGUACUCUGAGACCAAAAUUGAGGCCCCGUGGGAGGUGGAAGACAAGAAGCCUUCCCCUGAUUGGCCAUCCCAGGGGAAGGUAGAGUUCCUUGACUACAGUGUGAGGUACAGAGAGGGACUAGACCUGGUCCUCAAGAACCUCACCCUCAGCGUUGUUGGAGGAGAGAAGAUAGGUAUCGUGGGUCGUACUGGGGCUGGUAAGUCCUCUAUGACACUGUGCCUGUUUCGGCUGUUGGAGGCGGCAGGGGGAGAGAUCACCAUCGACGGGGUCAAGAUAUCGGAGAUAGGACUGCAUGACCUGAGGUCGAAACUCACCAUCAUACCACAGGAACCAGUGCUGUUCUCAGGCAGUCUGAGGAUGAACCUGGACCCCUUUGAGAAGUACAAUGACGGGGAGGUGUGGAAAGCUCUGGAACUGUCCCACCUCAACAAGUUUGUCAGCAACCAGCCGGCUAAACUGGAGUUGGAGUGUUCAGAGGGAGGAGAGAACCUCAGUGUGGGCCAGAGGCAGCUGGUGUGUUUAGCCAGGGCUCUACUGAGGAAGACGAGGAUCCUGAUCCUGGAUGAAGCUACAGCAGCCAUUGACCUAGAGACCGACGACCUCAUCCAGUCAACCAUCAGGACACAGUUUGAGGACUGCACUGUCUUCACCAUAGCUCACAGACUCAACACCAUCAUGGACUACACUAGAGUGCUUGUGUUGGACAAGGGACAAGUAGCUGAAUUUGACACUCCUUCAAAACUUUUAUCCAAGAGAGGAAUCUUCUAUGGAAUGGCUAAAGAUGCUGGACUGACACAAUAGCCUCUCCUCUACACAUGUAUAAAACCUAUUGUGCCUUCUGGCAGAAAACAGAGUGCCAGUGAAUGUAUCCUUUUAUACGCUGUGGUCUACUGCGAAACCAGGAUGAAACACUUUUUUUACAUUUUAUUUUAACUUUAACUUUUAUAAAGAGUUUCAGGAUGAAUCCAGCUAUUUUUGUACCGUACUGUGUUUGUAAUUUAAGCUAUACAUUUUAUUAUUAAGAGAUGUCUGAUGGGGAAGUUGGCUCAGUUCAAUAUGUGAUUCCUUUGUGGACCGUGUAUGCAAAAACUUGAAUUAUGUACCACCAAAAUAUGAAAGAUGAUAAUGCCUUUAUUAAAGAAAUUAAGACUUC